CAAACAAGUUAGGUGAGUUGCAGUCCAACAUGACUGAGUUACCUGCGUGGUAGCUGCAGGCUGGGCUCUAACCAGAUAAUUUAGCCAUCGGUUCUCCGCACAGAGGAACAACCUUACUUUACAGAGCAAGAAAAUUUCUCCCUUGAGUCACAAGACAGAAACAGAAAAAGAGCACAAUCUCUAUGCUGCUCCGGUCAAAAUUGAAAAUAAUGCCUGAGCAAUCCUAGGUGGUUUCCUUUACAUGGACAAGAUGCCUAUCUGGCUGAUUUCUCUGAUAAGUAUUGAAGUAGUACUUUUGGCAGCUCCUGUUCUGAGUUUACGUAUUGAACCUGAAGAAGGUAGCCUUGCGGGGGGAACGUGGAUCACGGUCAUUUUUGAUGGUUUGGAGAUGGGUCUCCUUUAUCCCAACAAUGGCUCUCAGCUGGAGAUAAACCUGGUGAACAGGGCAGAGCCUGCACUGUUGAGCAUCCCCUGUGAUGUAUCUCCUGUCUUCUUGGAUUUGCCUUUGGUGAUGUGCCAGACCAGGAGGAUUUCCACUUUCUGCCUUCAGAUCCCUGCUGUCUGAAGCACACAAGGGUGUGUACCACCUGGAAGUGCUUUCUGGGGGACAGGUGGUAAGCAGCCCGAGAUUAGAGCCACAAGACAACUGUACUUUCAAGUUUUCCAGGGAACAGACACCCAUUGUUUACCAAGUUAAUCCGCCAAGUGGAGUUCCAGGAGAACUAAUACAUGUGUAUGGCCAGAUUAUUACUGGAAGAUUGGAAACCUUUGAUAUUGAUGCCAUGUAUAUUGAUAGCCCGUUGAUCCUGGAAGCUCAAGGAGACAAAUGGGUCACUCCUUGUUCUCUUGUAAAUAGACAAACCGGAAGCUGCUAUCCUGUCCAGGAGUACCAAGGUCUUGGGACUCUUCAGUGCCGUGUGGAAGGCAACUACAUCGGUUCCCAGAAUGUUAGCUUCUCAGUGUUUAACAAAGGAAAGUCAGUAAUACAUAAGGAUGCCUGGCUGAUCAGUGCCAAACAGGACCUUUUCCUGUACCAGACAUACUCAGAAAUACUCUCUGUGUUUCCAGAAACUGGGAGCCUUGGGGGAAGAACAGACAUCACAAUUACAGGAGAUUUCUUUGACAAUCCUGCCCAGGUUACAAUUGCGGGCAUUCUAUGUGAUAUUAGACGUGUGUCUCCCAGGAAGAUUGAGUGUACCACUAGGUCUCCAGGAAAAGGUGCAAGGCUCACCGCUCCUCAGGCAGGCAAUCGAGGGCUUCUUUUUGAAGUUGGAGAUGCCACUGAGGACUUGGACCUUAAUGAAGCCACCCCUGGGUACUGGUGGCAAAUUGUCCCUAAUGCCAGUUCUCCAUUUGGAUUUUGGUCAAAGGAAGGGCAACCUUUCAGAGCACGGCUCAGAGGGUUCUUUGUGGCCCCAGAGACAAAUAAUUACACGUUCUGGAUCCAGGCAGACAGUCAAGCUUCCCUGUACCUCAGUCUGUCGGAGAAUCCAGGAACCAAGAUGAAAGUGGCCUCCAUCAGGGUUGGCCUUGCUGACUGGUUUGACUCCUGGGAGCAGAACGUGAAUGAGGGGACCAGACAACGGAAGACCCCCAAGUUGGAGUUGGUAGGUGGAGCCAAGUACUACCUGGAAGUAGAGCAUGUUGGGAUAGCCCCCAGCAGUGGGGUGAGAAUUGGUGUCCAGAUCCACAACACCUGGCUGAAUCCCAACGUGAUCAGCACAUACCUCCGGGAGAAGCACCAGAUCCGAGUCCAUGCCCAGAGGCUUCCUGAAAUACAGAUGUUGGAUGUAUCUGGCAGAGGGAACUUUUUGCUUACUUGGGACAAUGUCUCCAGCCAGCCAAUCUCUGCAAAUGCCACAGCUCAUCAGAUUCAAACAGCCAUUGAGGAGUUACUUGCAGUAAAAUGCAAACUGGAACCCCUUUCAGCUAAUGUCCUUCUCCGGCUUGGAUUUGAACAUGGCCUACAAGCUGCCAGCUGCGAUGGGGACCUCACGAGUGGCACAGAGCCCUUCUGUGGAAGGUUCAGCCUUCGUCAGCCUCGACACCUUGUCCUCACACCUCCAGCUGCCCAGAAAGGCUAUCAGCUAGACCAGUACACACAUCUGUGCUUUGCAUACAAAGGCGACAUGGACAACAUCCUGAAGAUGACCGUGUCCUUCAAGACCAACUUUCAAACCACUGUGAGGAAUGUCACCUGUGACUGGAGCCCCGUGAAGACCAGGCCUGACAGCUGGCAGUUCACUUGCACUGACCUCUGGGAGACUUGUGUGCGUCCUUCUGGGUGUCUCCAGCCCCCUCUGGCAAGUUCCUCAGUGCUGGUUCAUCAGAUCGACCUCUUCCCUCUGGCUCAUGAGUUGGGCGUGUUCUUUGUGGAUGAAAUUAUUAUCACGGACACAGACCUAACAGUUUCUCAGGCUGAUUCUGGAAGAGCUCGCCCAGGUGGAAACCUGGUGGAAUCACUUUCUGUAGUGGGAUCCCCUCCAGUCUACAAUGUAAGCUUCUGGUUGGCAGGGUGUGGCAUGGAGCUCCCGCUCAUCAGAGCACGUCCUUUGCCAGAUGAAGGAACAGAAGGAGGCUCAAAACUGGUUGAGGUGACAACACAGAGACUACAGAAGACAAGUCCGCCUUUAGGAGGACACUUCCGUAUCCAACUUUCUAAUACAGUGAUACCUGGUGUCCCUGUGGAUAUUUCUGCUGGUGACCUUCGCAUGCUCUUGCAGAACAAUGCUGAUGACUUCACAUCUAGGUACCUCAAUGUCAGUGACUUGAAUGUGAAGGAAGAUCUAAGCUCUUGCUACGAACAUGUGUGGACACUGUCUUGGUCCACCCAGAUUGGGGAUUUACCUAAUUUCAUCAGGGUGUCUAAUGAAAAUCUAACUGGAGUGAAUACUGCUGCAACCACUCGUGUGCUGUAUGAUGGUGGAGUUUUUCUUGGACCCAUAUUUGGAGACAUGUUGGUGACUGCCCACCAGCACCCACAGGUGGUUGUUCGGGUGAACGAGGUACCAGCUCGUUGCUCAGGCUCCUGUUCUUUCCAGUAUCUCCAAGCGUCAACUCCCCGAGUCCAUUCUGCAUGGUGUUCCCUCGAUGGUGACAUCAACCUACUGGUUUAUAUUAUUGGAACUGGUUUCUCUGGUGACUCGCAGGCUUUGCAGCUUACGGUAAACCAAACGAGUUGCAAAGUUAUUUUCUCAAACCAAACGUACGUGGUCUGUCAGAUGGAUUUGCUGCCAGUUGGAGUGCAUCGGAUCUCGAUGUUGGUGAUACCCUCUGGUCUUGCCAUCAGUGCCAGUGGAGAAGGCCUCUUCUUGAACGUGGAGCCCAGAAUGGAUGCCGUGGAGCCUUCCAUAGCUGCCGAGAUUGGAGGGCUCUGGGCCACUAUCCGAGGUUUUGGUUUGGAAGAUGUUAGCCUGGUGUUAUUUGGUUCUCAGGCUUGUGCCAUCAACGUUACUACAAGCAAUUCACAAAGAAUUCAAUGUAAAGUUCCACCCAGGGGGGAAGACGGACCCGUUGUGAAUGUGACUGUGAUAAGAGGGGAACAUCCUUGGAUUCUUCCUGCAGCGUUUGCAUAUGUCUCCUCCUUAAAUCCAGUGAUCAUGUCUCUUAGUAGAAACAGAAGCAACAUAGCAGGAGGUGAGAUCCUUUUGAUUGGAAUGACGUCGCUGGUGAACUACACAGAUUUGGAUGUAGAAGUCCACAUCCGGGACACCUUGGCUUGGGUUUAUGCACAGAUGGCUCAGGGCCUAGAAGUGGAGCUGCCCCCACUGCCAGCCGGCCUCCACCCAAUUUCAGUCUUCAUCAAUGGAGUCAGCAUUUGCUCACAAGGGGUUGAUCUUCAUAUCCAGUACAUCACACAAGUUUUUGACAUAAGGCCUUGCUGCGGGUCCCUUCUGGGUGGAACCAUCCUCAGCAUCUCAGGAGUAGGGUUAAGCAGGGAACCAGCUUUGGUUAGGGUAUUUGUGGGCAACCGGUCCUGUGGCAUCGUGAACUCAACAGAGGCAAGUAUCUGGUGUGAGACCCCGUCAGCCCCCUUGCUGCCUGACACAGACGCUCUUGCUGCCCCUACCCCUGUGGAGGUCUGGAUUGGUAACAUUACCUUCACCCAUGGACCUUCACCAAGCCAAGCGAAGAAGGGCUUUACCUUCAUCUAUGAAGCAGCUGCAACACCUGUGGUCACUGCUGUGCAAGGAGAAAUCACCAAUAGCAGCCUGAGACUAUAUGUGGAAGGCACGAACAUCUCCAAUUCAGUGAUGCUUCUGGGAAGCUUGAACUGUGAUCUUGAGACUCAGGCUCUCAGGAGCAACGUGAGCGUGUCUGGGUGCUCCUUUCCUCUUCACAAUUUGGAGGCAGGCAUCUAUCCUCUCCACGUACGUCACAAGCAGAUGGGUUUUGCUAAUAUGUCUGCAGCGCUGCAGCAGUUUGUGGUGACACCUCGGAUAAUAGCCAUCUUCCCAACACAAGGUUCUGUUUGUGGUGGGACAGUCCUCACUGUGAAGGGUGUGGCUCUCAACUCUAGAAGGGGGUCAGUGCAGGUGGACCUUUCAGGCCCGUUUACUUGUGUGAUUUUGAGUUUGGAUGACCAGACAGUCCUCUGCCAGGUCACCUUGGUGGGUGACCCCUUGCCUGGAGCUUCCUUUGCCCUGAACGUCACAGUCCUGGUCAAUGGGCUGACCAGUGAGUGUCUGGGGAACUGCACUCUUUUCUUGUGGGAAGAGACAACUCCUGUCUUGGAUGCCUUGACCACUAACCUCAGGGGGUCUCUGACCACAAUGCUGAUUAGGGGUCAGAGGUUAGGGACCACAGCUGAUGAGCUGAUGGCAUUUGUGGAUGAUCACCUUCCUUGUGAAGUAACUUUCUUUAAUGCAAGCCACAUGGCAUGUUGGAUAAGUGACUUGACCCCAGGACUGCACCACAUGUCAGUUUUUCAUAAAAGGAAUGGGUAUGCCUGUUCUGGUAACGUUUCCAGACAUUUCAACAUCUCCCCUCAAGUGUUUCAUUACUUCCCUAAGAAUUUCAGCAUACAUGGUGGCAGCGUCUUGAUCAUAGAAGGCACAGCCCUGAGAGGACACAAUACCACGUUAAUCUUCGUUGGCCAGCAGGCCUGCCUCACGGUGAAUGUCAGCGCUGAGCUCACCCAGUGCAUUGUUCCUGCGGGCAAUGGCUCUGUGGCCCUGGAAAUGCAGAUAGAUGGACUUUUGUACCAUGUGGGAGUCAUUGCUUACAGCAAAGCUUUCACCCCAGAAUUACUCUCUGUUUCUCAGACCAAUGGCAUCUUGACUCUUGUGGUGGCCCAGAUCACAGGAGCUGGGGACAUUGCCAUUUUUAUUGGGUCGUCACCCUGUGUGGGUGUCUCUGGUAAUGAAACUGCUCUCCAGUGCAUGGUACCCCCACUUCCGGCUGGGGAGUACCGAGUCAGAGGUCAUGACCGCGUGAGAGGAUGGGCCUCAUCUGUGCUGGUGUUCACAUCGAGAGCUGCUAUUAGGGCAGUGACCCAGAACUUUGGCUACCUGCGUGGAAGGCUUGUGCAUGUGUUUGGAACAGGAUUUUCUCCAGGGAAUAUCUCAGCUGCUGUGUGUGGUCAUCCCUGCCACGUCUUGGACAAUGCUACAGUGUCUGCCUUCAGCUGCUUGGUUCUGCCACUGGAUGUGUCCUUGGCUUUCCUGUGUGACCUGAAGCACGAGGAGGAGGGCUGUGAAGCCUCCAGCCACACCUACGUGCAGUGUGAUUUGACUUUCACCAUGGGGACAGAGAAACUGUCCAAAUCAUGGCCUUACCUCUACAUUUGUGAAGAAAGUUCCCAAUGCCUCUUUGUGCCAGAUCGGUGGACAGUGCCAGCCUUUCCAACAUUCUCAGGCCUCUUCAUCAGCCCUAAAGUGGAAAGAGAUGAAGUUCUCAUCUAUAAUAGCUCCUGUAACAUUACCAUGGAAACUGAGGCAGAGAUGGAGUGUGAGACGCCUAAUCAGCCAAUUACCGCCAAGAUUACUGAGAUACGGAAACGCUGGGGCCAGAACACUCAGGGCAACAUUUCCUUUCAGUUCUGCCGGAGAUGGUCGAGGGCUCACAGCUGGUUUCCUGAAGGAAUGCCACAAGAUGGCGACAACGUCACGGUGGAGAGUGGCCAGUUUCUACUGCUUGACACCAAUACAAGCAUUCUCAACUUCCUGCAUAUUAAAGGGGGCAAGCUGAUUUUCAUGGAUGUAGAACCCAUUGAACUCAGGGCUCAUUCAAUCCUUGUGUCUGAUGGUGGAGAGCUCCGGAUUGGAACUGAGGACAAGCCCUUCCAAGGCAAAGCUCAGCUCAAACUCUAUGGGAGUUCCCACUCUACUCCUCUCUUUCCAUAUGGUGUCAAAUUCUUGGCUGUGAGGAAUGGGACUCUAUCUCUGCAUGGUCCAGUACCAGAAGUAAUUGUCACCCAUCUUCGAGCAGCUGCCCAUGCCCACGACACUGUGUUGGCUCUGGAAGAUGCUGUGGACUGGUACCCUGGGGAUGAAGUUGUUGUCAUCAGUGGAACAGGUGUCCAGGGUGCCAGACCACUGGAAGAAAUUGUCAUUGUGGAGACUGUGCACAAUGCAGACCUCCAUCUUAGGACAGCCUUGAGAUAUUCUCAUGACUUCACAGAGAGCUGGGUGACUGGAGAGCACCUUGUUUUAAAGGCCACGGUGGCACUGCUUAGCAGGAGUAUCACCAUACAAGGAAAUUUCACUAAUGAGAGGAUGAGGCACUUUGCUUCAUGCAAGGAGGCCAAUGCUUCAGAAGGUAAUUUGAAGCACUGUUUGUAUUCCAAGAGUGAGAAGAUGCUGGGAUCCAGGGAUCUGGGAGCCAGAGUCAUCAUCCAGUCCUUCCCAGAGGAGCCCAGCAGGGUCCAGUUGAAGGGAGUGCAGUUCCGGGACUUGGGGCAAGCCUUCCAUAAGCAUCUGAGCUCACUGACUCUGGUGGGAGCUAUGAGUGAUUCCUAUAUUCAGGGUUGCUCAGUGUGGAACUCCUUCAGUAGAGGCCUCAGCAUGUCCGGGACCUCAGGCCUGAAAGUGGACAGUAAUGUGUUCUAUAAUAUUUUAGGCCAUGCUCUGCUGGUGGGGAUAUACAUGGAAAUAAGCUAUACCUCUUGGGACACUGUUCCUGGAAGAAAAAAUGCAGACUGGUCAGAACAGGGAAAUAUAAUAAGAAACAAUGUGAUCAUCAGCGUUUCUGGCACGGAGGGACUUUCCAGUUCUGAAAUGUUGUCACCAUCUGGUAUCUACAUCCGUAAUCCCACCACUGUGAUAGAGGGGAACAGGGUGUGUGCUGCUGGUUAUGGCUACUUUUUUCAUCUUGUGACCAACAAAACUUCUCAAGCUCCUCUUCUCUCCUUCACUCGGAACGUUGCACAUUCUUGUAUGAGGUGGGGUCUCUUUGUAUACCCUAAAUUUCAGCCGCCAUGGGAUCAUGGCACUGGCCCCAUACUGUUGCAGAACUUCACAGUUUGGGGAAGUACAGGUGGUGCCCAGAUUUUUAGAAGUAGCAAUCUUCACCUGAAAAACUUCCGAGUUUAUUCAUGCAGAGAUUUUGGAAUUGACAUCUUGGAAAGUGAUGCAAAUACUUCAGUUACUGACAGCUUAUUACUCGGCCAUUUUGCCCACAAGGGAAGCCUGUGUAUGACAGCUGGGAUUAGAACUCCCAAAAGAUGGGAACUGAUGAUCUCGAACACAAUCUUUGUUAAUUUUGAUCUCACUGACUGUGUAGCCAUCAGCACCUGUUCUGGCUGUUCCCGAGGACAAGGUGGAUUUACUGUGAAGACCAGGCAGCUGGAGUUUCCAAACUCUUCAAACAUAGUAGCAUUUCCAUUUCCUCAUGCAGCAAUUCUGGAAGAUUUGGAUGGGUCUCUGUCUGGGAAAAACAGAAGUCAUGUUCUUGCUUCCAUGGAAACCCUUUCAGCUUCUUGUUUGGUCAAUGCGAGCUUUGGUCGGAUUGUCCAUGGCAGUGUCUGUGCGGAAGGUGUACUCUUUCAUCGUAUGUCUAUUGGUUUAGUUAACGUUCCAGAUGUUGCUUAUGAUUUAACCAUGACUGACAGCAGAAAUAAGACAACCACUGUCAAUUAUGUUGGUGACACAUUGUCAAACAUAUACGGCUGGAUGGCUCUGCUCUUGGAUCAAGAGACCUACACAUUGCGAUUUGAGACCCCAUGGAUCAACAGAUCUCUGCAGUACUCGGCAACAUUUGACAACUUUGCUCCCGGGAAUCACCUCCUGCUGGUGCACUCAGACCUGCUGUCUUACUCUCACAUCCUCAUAAGGUGUGGGAGUCAACUGGGCCGGGCCCUUUCGUCUCUUCCAUCACCUGGCCAGGACCGAGGCUGUGACUGGUUCUUCAAUAGCCAGUUGAAGCAACUCACCUACCUUGUUUCAGGUGAAGGUCAAGUUCAAGUGACUCUCCAGGUGCAGGAAGGUGUGCCCCCAACUAUUUCAGCUUCUACCUCUGCAUCUGAAUCAACUUUAAAAUGGUCUCUUCCUGAAACUUGGCAAGGUGUUGAAGAGAGCUGGGGAGGACACAACCAUACUAUCCCGGGCCCUGGGGAUGAUGUCCUGAUUUUACCCAACAAGACUGUCCUUGUGGAUACAGAUCUUCCAUUCCUCAAAGGCCUCUAUGUAAUGGGGACGUUAGAAUUCCCUGUGGACAGAAGCAAUGUUCUGAGUGUGGCAUGCAUGGUUAUUGCAGGCGGGGAGCUGAAAGUUGGUACCUUAGACAAUCCCUUAGAAAAAGAGCAAAAGCUUCUGAUCCUCCUUCGAGCCUCAGAGGGAGUGUUUUGUGACCGUAUUAAUGGAGUUCGUAUUGACCCAGGAGCAAUUGGGGUUUAUGGGAAAGUUCAGCUUCAUAGUGAUUAUCCUAAGAAAUCCUGGACACAUCUUGGAACUGAUAUUGCCCCAGGAAAUGAGAGAAUUAUAGUGAAGGAUGCAGUAGACUGGCGACCACGUGAUAAAAUCAUCCUUAGCUCCUCCUCGUAUGAGCCUCAUGAAGCAGAGGUCCUCACUGUGAAAGAAAUCAAGGGCCACCACGUUAGGAUCCAUGAACGUCUCAAACACCGGCACAUAGGAAGUGUCCAUCGUACAGAAGAUGGCCGAUACAUUCCUUUGGCUGCUGAGGUUGGACUGUUGACCCGAAAUAUACAAAUCCAGCCUGAUACAUCAUGUAAAGGGCGACUACUUGUGGGGUCCUUCAGAAAGUCCAGCCAAGAAGAAUUUUCAGGUGUCCUUCAACUUUUAAAUGUAGAAAUUCAGAACUUUGGGUCAUCAUUGUAUUCAUCCAUUGAAUUCACUAAUGUAACUGUGGGAUCCUGGAUUGUAUCUUCUACUCUGCACCAAAACUGUGGUGGGGGAAUUCAUGCAGCUGCAAGCCAUGGCCUCAUUUUGAAGGACAAUAUAGUAUUUGGUACCGCUGGCCAUGGCAUUGAUUUGGAGGGUCAGGCCUAUUCUCUCACUGGUAACCUUGUAGUUCUGGUGACACAGCCAGUGUGGUCCACCAGUUGGAUGGCAGGCAUCAGAGUGAAUCAGGCCAAGGACAUCAGCCUCCAUGGCAACGUUGUAGCAGGAUCAGAGAGACUUGGCUUUCACAUCCAAGGCCAUAGGUGUGCCCCUUCUGAAGCAUUUUGGUCUGACAACGUGGCCCAUUCAAGUCUUCAUGGCCUUCAUCUCUAUAAGGAAGAUGAAUUUGACAACUGCACCUGUAUCACUGGCUUCCUGGCUUUCAAGAACUUUGACUACGGUGCCAUGCUACAUGUUGAGAACAGUGUGCAGAUAGAGAACUUCACUCUGGUAGACAACACUAUUGGUCUUUUGGCAGUCGUGUAUGUGUCUUCUGUUCCAAAGAGCUCCAUCGAUAACAUACAGAUUGUGCUUAAGAAGUCACACAUUGUGGCCACGAGCUCCUCUUUUGACUGCAUUGAGGACAGAGUUAAGCCUUGCUCAGCCAACUCAACAUCAACAGAUCGUCCUCCUUCCAAUCCAAGAGGAGGUCGAGUUGGUAUUCUGUGGCCUGGAUUCACCUCAGAACCACAUCUGUGGCCUCAGGAGCCAUGGCACAAAGUGAAAAAUGGUCAUUCAAUUCCAGGAAUCAUGAAACUUCAAGAUGUUACCUUCUCUAGCUUUGUGAAGAGUUGCUAUAGCGAUGACCUAGAUGUCUGCAUUCUGCCAAAUGCAGAGAACACUGGAAUCUUGCACCCAAUAACAGCAGAGAGGACCAGGAUGCUAAAGAUCAAGGAUAGAAACAAGUUCUAUUUUCAUCCAUUACAACCCAGAAAAGAUCUAGGAGGAGUGAUCUGCCCUGAAGUGGACUGUGAAAGUCCAAGCAAAUAUCUCUUCAAGGAUCUGGAUGGAAGUGCUCUGGGCCUGCCUCCCCCAGUCUCUGUAUUUCCUAAAACAGAGGGAGAAUGGACUGGAUCCUUCUUCAAUACAGGUACAUUUCAAGAAGAACAGAAAUGCAGGUACCAAUCACUGAUUCAAGGCUACAUCUGCCAACAGACUGAUCAUGUGGUCCUCGUUCUUGACAGUUCUGAUGCAAUUUGGGUGAUGAGGAAGUUAUAUCCAGUAGUAUCUGUGACUGGUGGCUUCGUGGACACCUUCAGUGGUGUGAAUACCCCUACUCCCUGCACCACCUCAGAGCCUGUAUCUACUUUCUAUUCCAUUUUACCCACCAAUCAAAUCACCAAGGUUUGUUUCGUGGAUCAGACUCCUCAAAUUUUGAGACUUUUCCUUUUGGGGAAUAAAAAUACUUCCAAGCUUCUCUUGGCUGUAUUCUACCAUGAGCUCCAGAGCCCCCAUGUUUUCAUAGGGGAAAAUUUUAUCCCACCCACUCCCAUUCAAUCAGCUCCUUCAUUGCUGAAUGAGACUUUUGGUGCCAACCACUUCAACAUCAUGGACAACCUCUUGUAUGUUGUUCUACAAGGAGAGGAGCCUAUUGAAAUACACUCAGGCAUUUCCAUUCAUUUGGCCCUCACUGUGAUGUUUUCAGUCCUGACAGAAAGCUGGAAAACAGUGAUUCUUCACAAAUUAACUGACUUUUUGCAGGUUGGCCAAGACCAAAUUAGAAUUAUUUAUGAGAUGCCUGGCAAUGAAAGAAUCUUAAAGACCAUUGCUGAUGAUAGGGCAAAAAGAAAACGCAAUUGUCCCACUGUGGCGUGUGCCAGUCAAUAUAGAAGAUUUGGUCAACGUAGACCUCUCAUGAUGGAGAUGAGCUCAGAUAGGAUCCCACCGCCAACUUCUGUGGAAAUUCUCUCAAAAGUGAUGGUUAUUGAAAUUGGUGAUAUGCCAACAGUAAGGAGCACUGGACUGAUUCUGCCCUUAUCAAAUAACAAAUUACAGAAUUUGGCUUACAAGGUUAUCACUGCUCACCAGAUUGGAGUACUAGAAAAUGUUCUGAAUAUGACUAUUGGAGCCUUACUGGUGACUCACUCAAAGGCAGACAUUGGCUAUGGAAAUACCAGCAGUUUCAAAACUGGAAAUUUGAUAUAUAUUCGACCCUAUGCUCUCUCAGUCCUAAUCCAGCCUUCUGAUGGAGAGGUAGGAAAAGAGCUUCCAGUACAACCACAACUUGUUUUCCUGGAUAAGCAGAAUAGGAGAGUGGAGUUCUUGGGAACCCCUUUGGAGCCUUGGGCCAUUUCAGCUUCCCUGGAAGGGGUAUCAGACUCAGUCCUGAAAGGGUGUACUCAGGCAGAAACUCAAGAUGGCUACGUGAGCUUCUCCAAUUUGGCAGUCUUGAUCUCUGGGUCAAAUUGGCACUUUAUUUUUACUGUCACUUCCCCUCCAGGAGCCAAUUUUACAGCUCGAUCUAAGCCAUUUGCCAUCUUCCCUGUGACCAGGACUGAGACAUCGACUGUCAUUCUGGCUGCCUCUCUGUGCUCAGCAGUCUCGUGGCUGGCUCUGUGCUGUCUGGUGUGCUGUUGGUUUAAGAAAAGCAAAAGCAGAAAAACAAAAACUGAAGAGAUUUCUGAAUCUCAGACUAAUGAUCACAAGAGUCAUAUCCAUGGGUCCUCCAAACACCAAGGAUCACAAAUAGAGACUGAAAAAGAACACCCUGUCAUGGGAGAAGACUUGAGGAUGAAGAUCAUGCUGGGCAAGCUGAGCCAGCUCCCUCACCAGUCAUCGAAUGGAGUGUCCAGGAGGAAGGUUUGCCGCCGCACCAUCCAAGAGGAUGGCCGCAGUCAAGAAGAGGCUGCUGCAGCUGCUCCCAGCGUGGCUGGUGUCACCUCCCAUGGGCACACCUGUGCUCCAGGCUCUCCUGCUCAGCAGAUAUACCUGCAGGAGACUGGGACCUGGAAGGCGGCUCAAGAGCAGUUACUCAGAUACCAGCUGGCAGGACAAAAUCAGCUGCUGAUGCUCUGCCCAGACCUCAGACAAGAGAGGCAGCGGUUACAGGGUCAGAGUCGGCUGAGCAAGGGAAGCGGCAGCUUGGGGCUUUCCCAAGAGAAGAAAUCUUCAUGUGGUACCACUGAGGCACUCUGCCUUCAUUCAACACAUCUGGAAACUAUUCAGGAACAGCUGUGAUCUGGGAAUGGUGUGAGCAUUUGGGCUUAAAGGCAGAAUGUGCAAAAUAUUUCUGGAUAAUGAGCAGAAGAGAUCAGGUUUGACCUGUGGAUAUAACUAAGAAAAGAUAAUAUGGACUGUUUAUUCCCUAUUCAACUUUAAAAAUGGAAGACACUCAUAUAAAUUCUCAUGGACUGAAACUGUGCCUGAUAUGUCUUUUGUAUCUAUCAAUGAUCUUAGUCCAAUGCCAAGCAAAAGUUAGAUUUUCAAAUACUUAUUAUUCACUUGUUUUUAACUUAGCCAGUUAUCCUCUUGAUUUCCUUAUUUUAAAAAUGGUGUAAUACUGACUUGUACCAGUAGGGGAUGUUAGUCAGCUUCCUCUGCAAUGGCCACCCAAAAGCCUUUCUGUAAGGGCUCAUGAGAAGAUCUGGUCAGCUACAGCUAUUUCUGCAGUAUUUCAGCAAAAGCAUUCCUUUAUCCUAUAAGGACUUAUGAAGGAGUAGAGAAGACCCUGCUCCAUGGUUUGUCAGAGCUAACCUUCCAACCACAAGACUACUUCCUGGCUUUUUCUAAGCUGAUUUUAUUUCAUGAUCUAAAUUCAAUCAUUAUUGGGAGCCCACAGUAGUGCAAACAUAUUAAGUUUGCACUUGGUGAGUAUUUACACUUGAAGAUUGAUCUUCUUAUGGGCUUUGCUGAGUUUUAGUUAAGGACAAAGAUGUUUAGAUAGCAAGUUUGGGGAGGAAAUUGCCCAUGGACAAAUGUUAUGUUUUUUCAAUUGGCUCAUUAGUAGCCAGGUCAAAUUUACAACUAGAAGAAAGAAGAAAAGUGUAUUGGAAGACCGGAGAUAACCAAGUGGACAAGUGGACUACCAGCUAACUCUUUCAUCAGUGACAUGUGCUUUUUAGAGAAGAUAACACAGAGCUGUCCAGGGAAGGGAGAGACCCUGUCAUGUGUACCCUCUCUAGGCUAUGCUAAGUUCUGAAGGAGACUAGACAGAAGAUCAACUGGUGUUAAAAAGUUGGGAAAAGAUGCUAACGGCACUUUCACAUAAUUCAUGCUUUUGUCCAGGACCCAUCUGUGUUCAAACUAAAGGAUACUUUAAGCAGCCUGCCUGUGUCCUCAGCUCUGUAUCCAGGCCUUGUGCUCCCAGCAGGUAAGGCAACAGCGUUAGAGGAGGAGAAAUUUUUCAAAAAGAACUUGCUCUUGGCUUCUCCCUAAACAGGAUUUUCCAAACUCUGAAAGGUUAAAGGGGUAGCCUGUGUCGGAUUUGGAAGUGAGGCAGGAAAAAGAGUCUUCUGUUGCUGAAUUUUAUGUAGCGAUGCCCUGGAAUUAGCCCCAUAGGAGGUAUUGGCAGAAAGCCACCAUCUCAAGGCAUCAAUGGGAACGUGUGUCUAACUACAUAAUUGGCAGGGACUUUCUCAACCUCUUUGUCCAUUCUUUAAGUGUCUCAUGGACAUCUCAAGCCUUAAGGCCACCCAUGAAAGGAGUUAGGCAGUCUUCUCAGUGGCAUUGUUUUGGAUUCUAAGAGCGCUACAAGUAGACAAGGUAGCUAAGGUCUGUGCUCUCUUAAGAGCUUUCAGUCCAGGCUGUCUGUGUAUAAGGAGGACAUUGAAAGGCAAUCUGACCUAUAGAAAUUUACUCUGGAGGAACAAGCUGGUUUCUUGCAUGGUAAAUCAUGCUUGUAGAUGUAUAUUGUUUAGGCACCAGCAGUGCUUAAAAUAUAACAAAACAAAAAUAAUUUGAAUGACUUAGGCAGAACAUGCCUUCUCCAGUUUAAUUAGUCUCUGUCACAAUUAGCCCUUUAUCCCAUUCUUGUAGCUUCCUCGUUUCCUCCUUCUAGCUCACCUUUCCAAAGACUCAACUGUAAACUCUGCUAUUCUACCCCUUCUUCACCCUGUUCCCAAUCUUUACUAUCUCCUUAACCAUCCUCAUGUGGCUUCAAGACUGAUCUUCUUGAAAAGCAAGUUUGAUUCUCUCUCUCCACUUAGGAAAAAUCAUAAUUAACAUAUUAAUUAGAUCCUGGAGGCCAGAAUUGGGCUUAACAACAGCAGGGUUCUUGCAUGUGGCCUGGAGUUUUAAAGUCUCAACAAAAUCCUCACCCAGUAGUUAAGCUAGUCCUCUUUUUCUGUUUAAAAAAAAAAAAAAGGAGAAUGGGGUAAUUA